AUGGCUAUACUUAGUAUUCCUACAGUCUUUCCUGAAGAAAUACAAAGUCCGACUUUUGAUCGAACACGAACAAGUUUGAAAUUAGUUGAUCCAAUGGAUAACGAUCAAUCAUUACCAAUAAUGCAAACAACUGUUCUAAGAAUUGUACCUCGCUUUAAAAUCAUAGCAACAAUAGAUGAACCAACCAAAGUUUUCUAUCAAAAUAAAUCACAAAUGAAGUCUAGCAGUUCUCCUGAACUGAUCAAAGAAACAGGAACAACUCAACAGAUUACUAGCGCUGAAGAUUUUGAUCGUGAACCAUCGGCUUCUUCUGUAUCUCAGAAGUUGAUUUUAAAAACCUCUCGAGAUAGAGACGAAAGAUCAAAGCCGAAAAUAUAUGAAUCAUCUAUAUCUUGUGGCUCGUCUCUACCAUCUUCAAAUAUGAAACAAAAACCUUCUACACGUCUUGAUUUCAAUCAAGUUCAAUAUCUUGCCGAAGUAACUGCUAAAAGAAGCUCAUCUCUCUCUAAUACUCGGUCUCUGUUUGACCAAACAUUCAAUAUUUUUGAUCCCAAUGGUUUCUUUGAAAUAGUAUCAAUUAACUCUCAUUCGCCUCAAUUUCAACAUUAUAUAAAACCAAUGCGCUACGAGCCCAACGCUCCCAACGCUAACAACAAGCAAACAUCAAGAUUAUAUUCACAAAAUCGUCUUCGCCAGAAAUCCAGUAAAAGUACUGAUUCAUAUACUGUUCCUGAUGAAUAUAAUCGAGUAAAUAAACAGCACUUGAACAAAAACCGACAUACUUCAUGGUCGCCAAUCAGAAAAUAUACUAAUCAACGACGAGAUUAUACACCAACAAUAAACAAAAGAAAGGAAAAUUCUUCGUUGUUGCCAUCGCGUUCUCCCGUUUCAUUGGUCAAACCUCAUUUAGAAAAUUCUUUUUCUAAAAAACCUGUUCGUAGUCCUCAUCACAUAUCUCGAUUAUCUCAAUACUCUUCUACUCUGCCUGUUAGUGGACAAUCUCUAACAUCUGUUACUUCAGCGCUACAAGAAAAUGAUAAGAAACAAGAUAAUGAGAGUAUUUCAAAAUCUGAUCUACCUGAUACAAUACAUCAAGAAGAACAUGACGAAACAAUACAACGCUAUGAUAGACUAUUGAAAAAAAUGCGAUCUACGGAUGAACAACUUCGAUCAUCGUCUCAAGCAUGGAUCAGCAAUAUACCACAAAAACUGCGUAUUAAAAUGGAUCGAAGAUCGAGUUCUUCGGUGAAUAAAAUACAAAAUAAUGGACACUAUUUUUCACCUAUAAUUAUUCAAAUAUCUUUCAUCAUUAUGGUUAUCUUCAGUUUACUUUUUGUUUAUUUCUUUCAUGAAAUUAAUAGGUGGUGUAGUGAAUAUCCUGCUUCUGCUGCGCUCAUGUUUGAACAGCAUGAUGAUGAUACGUCGAACUUUUGA